AUGCCUUUGUGGUUGAAAUGUUUUUUCACACUUAUUAUCCUAGCCAUCGCGAAAAAUUCGAGUGCGGAAAUUCCACCCUGCAAAUACGAUGAAACCAUCAAUAUUUCACAUGUUAAACCGUUCAAUGAUGUCUAUAUCUAUGAACAUUUUGAAAUUCCAACUAACUUGACCGGCGAAUUCGACUAUAAGGAUCUAAUGGAUGGUUCCAGAGUUCCGGUUAAGAGCAAUUUAAGAGCCUGUAUCUGCAAAGUUAGGCCCUGCAUUCGAAUCUGCUGCGCCCGCAAAAAUAUGUUAAGCAAUGGAGAGUGUAAUGAUGGCGUGAAGAAGGAAAUUCAAAUAACAAUGUUGGACCGAACAAUUGAGGAUGAAUUGUCAUUAGCAGAACUAAAGAUGGUACCGCAGUAUAAUUCCACCAAAUUGAUGGUUUUAAGGAAGGCCUUUCAGCCGUGGGACGAUGUCUUUUUUUUUAGCCUAAAAAGAGAUGAGUACACAAUGCUUAAGGACGGAUCCAUAUUUCUCCACGAAUCUGACGAAUAUGUGUCCAAUGAUAAAUACUGUCUUUAUCCCGAAAUCUAUUCAGACUUUCCGGAAACCAUAUGGUUUGUUUAUCAUCAGGUCGUCGGAAUCGAUCUGCCAGGAGUCCGCGAGCUUAAUAUUAUAUCGCUAGUAUGCCAAAUCCUUAUUCUGGCUGUUUAUCUUUCUGUUGAGAAGCUUCGGAAUUUAUUUGGAAAGUGUCUGAUUUGCUACAUCUUUUGUAUGUGCAUGGUUUAUUUCUUUUGUACAUUGUCCAAUAGAUUACUAAUCAGCAUUUGCGCUGCCGCAGGAUACAUCAAUUACUACUUUAGCGUUUCAAUGCAUUUAUGGCUUUCUGUGGUCAGCUUCCAUUUGUGGAAAUUUGUGACUUCCCUGAAUCGUGACGAACCACGGUAUCGAUUCCUCAUUUAUAACACCUUUGUUUGGUGUACGGCUGCUAUUCCGACAGGAGUGAUUUUUUUAAUGGACCAAAUGAGCGAAAAUGAUCCAGACAAAUUAGGAAACUUGCCAAAUGUCGGUUAUAUAGAGUGCUCUGUUAACGGUGUGAGCCACUUUUAUACCCUGAUCAUAAUCCCAACAACCUUUAGUGUGACAAUGUCCGUCCUAACAGCCAUUUACAUUUGGAAAGUAAAGAGGGAAGUCAAGAGGUUCGCCCAACAGGACCAAGGCUCUACGACCUGUAUUGAAUUCGAUUUUCAGACUUACAUAAAUUGCCUGCGACUUUUUCUGAUUAUGGGCGCGUUUUGGCUACUUGACCAACUUGUGCGAUUCCUGGAUCACCAUUUCAUCAUGUUUUCCAAUACAAAUCGGUAUAUAUAUGCCUACAUAAAGUGCAGCUAUGGAAUAAUCCUAUUAUUUUUGCUUAUACUGAAAAGCAACACACUUAAAAUUAUAAUGGAAAGGUAA